UUAGAGUACAAUUAAAAGGAAAUUGAACAAAGCAAAAAACUUAAAUAAUAUUUCACUUGAAACUAAAAAUUUUGUGUUAAAUGAAGUAGACAGGCUACUAAUAUAAAUAGACUGGUGCAGGGGUAGCUUAAUGCUUCCUGCCUAUGUUGACGUUUACAGAUCUACAUAUUUGUGUAUGUUCAUUUCUUUCUCAUCCAACAUAUGCUCUGGUAUGGCGAUCUAACUGUCAUCUGUCUUUACAUAUAAAUCUUUAGACAUAUAAAUAUGCCUCUGUAUGUAUGCAUUCAUGUGUAUGUUUUAGGAAAUUAUGGAUCUCAAAAACUUACUUACAUUAAACAAUUUAUAUGGCAGUAAUCAUUUGGCAUAGGUCAAACCAUUUUUGAAGGAUACAGAAAUACUUUAGGCAGCAUACUAGAGUACAAACAAUGGACCUGGGGCCUGUAAGAAGACAAACAUGAUAGAAAAGAUAAGAUGUUUGAAAAGAUAGGUCAAAUUUUUUGUGAAGUUAUUGUUGUUUACACAGACACACAUGCAGACACCAUGCUUUAAUCAACUUUUCUUGAUGUUUUGAGCACCAUAGAAUCAGAGUCUGCACUUAACUCGGUAGCAAAUUUUUGGUGCACUAUAUAUUAUUCUUAAUAUUCACACAGUUACUGUAUACAGCUAUGGGUACAUGGUCCCCGAGAAUGUUUAAUUUUAGAAUUUCAGUCGUACUCCAACCAAUAUAUCCCUUACCAGUGACCUUGGCAGAGUUAACUUGAACAAAUAUUGCUCUAAAGAAAAGAUACACUGUUACUUCUUUUCAAGUCUUGUUUUUAUUGCUAUACAAAUAAUUGAGGACUUCCUUUUUUUUCAUUUGGGUCUUUUAUUAUUAUAUGAACAUCUUAAGGUGGGAGGUAUUCUUCUAAUCUUGGGCCCCUGGGUUAUCUUAAAUUCAUCCAUAGAAACUGCAUCAACAAAUUAAAUAGACAAUGCACCUUUAUACCCUUUGAGCAUCCUUUUGUCUCUUUGUUUUGAAAUUUAAAGAAGAUGUUAGAUGUAUUUUUUUUUUUAUAGAAAUGCAGGUAUGAAAAUACAGAAUGAAAAUGGGCCGUUAGAUGAAGACGAAGGAGAGAUUUUGAAUACUUUUGCCACGUGAUUUUUCUACUUCAUUUUUCUUUCAGUGUUAACUGACUCUGCUUCUCACUUUAUUUGUUCUUCUCAAACAAAACAAAACUUUGAACAUUACAGCAUCUGCAAACGACACAAAUACCCAUACAGUCUCUAGGUGGAGCACUGACUCAGAAUUUUGCUACAUGUAUGAUGUCACGCCUUCACUCUCACUGAGACUGCCCAGGACCAGAAAUUUCAAAAUAGAUGGCAUCUUUCUUUAAGGGUUCCCAAGAUUCAGCGUAGAAAACACAUGUUUGCAUCUACUGUCACAAAACAUGUCAAAAGAAUCACCACUGACUCAUCUCACUCAGGACAUCAGAUGUUCCAAAAACUCCUCUCUGGAAAACAUGAUAGGAAGGUUCUCUUUUCGCUAACUACCCAUUACUUUCAUGUCCAGGAAGGAGGGGAGAGAUCUGUUUGUAUUACAUUUGCUGCCUUCUUUUUUGUCAAAGCAAUGGCCAUCCUGAUUGUGACUGAGAAUUAUUUAGAAUUUGGCCUUGAAACAGGUUUUGCAAAUUUUUCUGAAAGUGCUGUGCAGUUUCUUGAGAAGCAGGGACUUGAGUCUCAGGGCCCUAUUUCCAAAUUAACAUUUAAACUACUCUUGGCUUUUCUGUGCUGUGUAAUUGGUGCAUUUUUAACAUUUCCUGGCUUGCGUUUAGCUCAGAUGCAUCUUGAUGCACUGAAUUUGACAACCGACAAAGUAACACAGACACUCCUACAUAUCAACUUUUUGUCUCCUUUAAUCAUGGUCUUACUGUGGGUGAAACCAAUAACAAAGGACUACAUAAUGAAUCCAACUUUGAAUAAAGAAAGUGUGCCUUUAAUGACUGAAGCCACCUAUGACACACUUCGUCUGUGGAUUAUCAUUUUGUUGUGUGUACUGAGACUGGCAAUGAUGCGCCAUCAUUUGCAAGCUUACUUGAACCUUGCCAAAAAAUCUGUGGAUAAAAUGAAGAAGGAGGCUGGCAGAAUUAAAACAGUUGACCUUCAAAAAAUGGUUGCCAGAGUAUUUUAUUACUUGUGCGUAAUAGCACUUCAGUAUGUGGCCCCACUGGUCAUGUUACUUCAUACCACACUACUUCUCAAAACUUUAGGCAAUUAUUCCUGGGGUGUUUACACAGAGAGUGAACAGACAAAGUCAGAUCAGGUUAUGGAUCCUUCUAAGCCACUUCCUGCUUCUGAUGCCACAAAAGUCUCUUUGGCACAAAUAACAUUGGCCUUGGGAGGCCUCAGAAAUGUUUUUAGUCCUCUCUUGUUUCGUGGCCUUUUUUCCUUCCUGACUUGGUGGAUCGCUGCAUGUUUGUUUUCUACUAGUCUUUUUGGACUUUUUUAUCAUCAGUACUUAACAGCUGCAUAGCCAUCUACUGUAUGUAGAAUGAAAGCAAAACAAGCAAAGUGCAAAACUGACAUGGUACAUGUGAUAAACGAGAUGACUGCUGCAUUGCUACAAAAACAUUUGAACUUAGUCCUCUUUUCUCCCUGUCUCAGCAAGUUAAUGCAUAUCAGCAGAAACAACUACUGUGCUUCCUACAUUUGAAUAAAUUAAGAGUCUUAAAAAGUAACAGGGAUUCAAUUCCUUGUGUUUUUGAGAAUAUGCGAACCCAUCACUUAUUCACUUGAAUAGUGGCAACAAAAAUAGGUAAAUAAACAUUCUGGUUUUGGCUCUUAAGCUGCUAAAGACAAGGAAGUAGUGUAAUGUGAGUACACAAGACUGUUAUAUUUCCUGUAUUUACAUUAUAGGUAAAUUGAAAUGUGAACAGAAAAAGUAAUGUAUUUCUUUUAUUAUUGUUUCAUUCAAACUGAGCCAUAGUUAACAAAAGCAGACGAGUUUCUCAUGAAGAUUUAUUGUUCUUAGCACAGUCAUGUGCAAUACUGUCCAGCCAGUCUGUUUUAUGUCCCCUGUUCAUUAAUCUUUCUUAUUUUUGUAAAAGUUUUUUUAUAUAUAUAUGUUUUAAAAUUGCCUUUGGCUUGCACUUGGAUCAAAGAGAAUGAAGUAAACAUUAUUAUAGACCACCUGAAGGAUUCUGGGGGAAGAUGACUUUUUCUUUUUUUCUUAACUUAUGACAUCUGCAAAAUGUUGUUUCUGUUCAGUGCAUUUUACCAUUCACCUUUCAGGAGAGUAAAGUAAAUAUCAUAUUGACUGAUCUGUCAUUUGAAACAAGCAAAUAACCUGCAUUUUAAGUAAAAUCUGACAGUAAUUUAUUUUGAUCAGUAUUAUCCAUUUUUACAGGCAUUUAAAUAUAAUGCUGAUAGUAUUAAAGAAAAAGGUGACUUAAAAGAAGAUUCUUGACAUUUUCUUUACAUAAAGAUAUCAGUUCUCUUUUGUGAAUGUAAUCUUAAUGCUUUAAUGACAUGAUAUAUUUCUGUAGACACCAACAUAUGUAUAACACUUUAACACACCACAACCCCUGCUUCGAAUGCAAUGUUUGUACUAGAUGAAUGGAAAUUUGUUAUAUAGAACAGAUUUAUGCAUUUCAGUUUUUGUAUUCUAUAUUUAGCAUUUUAGAGAACUUUUUCUUGGUUAUAACUGGUGUUCACUGAUGAGAAAAUAACGAGAAAAGACAUAAUCGAGAGAAGAUGAAUGCCAGUAAUUUAAGAAGAACUCUGGGUGAGUCUGUGUCACGAAUUCAUAUUUGCCUCCAUUUUAUUAUAAGGUCUGCCAUGGAGACCAAAAAAAGCAAAGACUGGACCAAUGAAUUCUUUAACUGCCAGGUUAUUAAUUCCAAACUUUCAGUUAUAAUAUGCUAGUGUUUUUUUAUCCUUUAUAUAUGUAUAUUUUUUUGUAUUGCAAGGACUGAGGUCAGUUAUUAUUGUAACUGAUAUUUUGUUAAACACAGUUCUGUUAACAUUACAUUAUGGUAGUUUACUGUUACACAUCUGGGACAAAUGUAUUAUUUGUAAUAAAGUGUGAAUGACUGUGUUCUAGGUAACCUUGUUGCAAUUUAGGCAAAAGUAAGAAAAACAUAAAACAAAAUAUGAUAUAAAUUGUUUAUUUUUUGAAUUUAUUUAUGAGAUGAUAAUUAGUGUUUGAUAAUCUUUCUGAUAACUUUUGUCUAUCAAUGUAAUAUUGGAUUAGCCAGCUUUGCAUUUCUGCAUGUAGAUCUUUUACUUUAACAGUUUCUUCAUCAUAAUGUAAACAUUUUCAGUAGAACAAACACUGUUUCAGAUAUCUUCUGUUCUAAAGUCAGCAGCAUAUACAACUUCACAAUCUACUCUCCGUUUAGAAGGGCUUUGGCUUAAUACAAGUCCUUUGAUGUUUGCCAUGCCAUCCUUUUUCCACAUUAAUGAUAAUUAUAUAAAGAAACAUAUAUUUGAACAUAUCUGUGAAUGUGAGGUUGUGCUAGCAGUGUUUUUUUUUUUUUUAAAUACAUAUUUUAGAAUUUGCGAUAACAUUACAAACAGAAGUCAACAUUUUGUUACAUUUCUUCAGAUUAAAUGUGUAUUUGUCAUGUACUUUUAAACAUACUACAAGAAAAAUGUAGGUGUAUUAUUUAUAGGGACUCGAUAUAAAGUUGAACUGAAUGCCAGUAGAGGCUGCAAGAAGCAGGGGUUUAUUGUUUCACUUACAGGCAACAGUCAUUAGCAUGCUCUGAAUGGCAUGGACAUUGCAGGAAGUCCACCAAAGUGCUUAUAUAAAAUAAUUAAAAAUCAUAUUUGACAUAUAUGUUUAUAAUACUGCAGAUACAUUGGUCACUUCCUGAGGUCAUGUAUGAGUUGGAAUGAUCAGCUGCUCCUUGGCUCCUCAGCUGCAUGAGCAAUAAAACAGAGAAUACAACUGUGCUUUAUUUAAGGAUCACAUUUAAAAAAAUUGUUUAAUUUUUUUUUUUUUUUCCUUUAAUACUGUGACCUUCUUCCUCUGAGAUCUGGUUACACUCUGUCUUGGCUAUUAAGGAAGAAGGAAUGAAACAAAAGGGCACAAGUGUUUCUCUUUAAAAAUUUGCAAUAAGCUACUUACACUCAUUUGUCCACAUAAGGUCACGAAUUGCAGGCACAGAUGAAUGUCUGAUUGCCGUUUAUUUUGACUGAAGCAAAAAAAAGCCAAAGAGAAGUGAUUCCUUGCUACCUCUAGCCUGGCGAUGCUAGUCUCAAAAAGCCAAGACUGUAGUACACUAUGUCACCUCUAAAAAUGUUCUAGCCACAAAUCUAAAUUAAGAACUAUACAAAUAAAGGAUCAUAUCAAAAGUUAAUCUGCAGAAAGCAUAUUAAGACAAUUUUAAGAAUUAAAAAAAAAAAAAGUGACUCUGUGUUUGGAUGUUACCCAGCUCUUAAUGUGCACACUUCCGUAAGAUUACAAGCAUGGAGAAAGAAGACAUAUGAAACACCAGAAAAGUGCACAAAAAUAUAGAGAGUCAAUACACACAAAACCAUUGGGGUACCAAGAAAUAAAGAUCGGCUUAGCUCUAAAAUAAAUCACACAAAAUUACAGUAGUUAUACAGAAGUUAUUCUACUGCGGAAUAAUCCCAUGAAGUUUAGUAGCUGAAAAACGGAAACGCAAGUGCCCUUUCUUCUUUUCUGAUGACUGAGAUAGAGCGUUUAUGAGUGGCAAGCUGACAGUGUCUUAUUGAAGUCGGAAGUAAUUAAGUCUUUACAGGCAACAGCUUAGCCUACUUUAACCCAGAAAACAUUUGGUGGAGUUUGAGUCUGGGUUUUGUGCACUGUGAAUUAAAAACAGAUGCCUUUGUUGGUCCUGUGUUGCUUUCCACCCAAUGAUCAAUAUUCAUGUUGUGUAUUUACAGCAACAGGAAAGUUUUGAAUUGGCUACUAGGAUCACUAGGUGAUAUAGUUCUUACUUGAACAAAGUCACCUUUAAACACCACUUCCUUGACAACUUUGCCACAAGCUGCUCUUGGGAAAAGGUGUCACUAACAUGUCAUUGAGGAUUGGUCAUAAAUAAAUUUGGAUGAGUUUAAUCCAAAAGAACCUCCUAAAUCAUAAAUUUUGCUAAUUUGUUUUAUCCUCUCAUUUUCUCAAUCUCUUUGAAAUGCUCCUCGAACAUUCUGUGUAGUAAGUCAGCAGUGUUACAUCUCUGCUGGAUGUAUUUAUCUUGGCAUUGCCAAAGUAUAAAUGAGUAAAAUUUAGAUGUGAGUUACCACAAAAGUUUGCCAUUCAUCCUAUGACAAACUAAGAGAUGCUCAGUUUUUUCAUUAAUAAGACACAAAAAAUUAAUAUGGUAAAUAUCUCUUUUAUAAGAAAUAAUGUUCAGAUGAAUUUGUUUUACAGUCUUAUAUAGGGUACAUAAGCAUGAAGUUUUUAGAGUGCUUGGAGUUUUCUUAAUGUACUCUUCUUGUCUAUGUAGCAUGAUGUUGAAGGUCAUUACUGAAAUUAGCCCAUAAAUGUUAUGCAAUAAUAAUUUUAAAAUACCCAGUUUUACAUUAAGUAAUUAUAGAAUAAACAUUUAAUUUUUAACAUCAGUAUUAUGGACUAUUUUGUAAGAAUAAAAAAAUAUUUUAAGCGUAUUUUAUAUCUAUAUUUCAAAAAUAAUAAUUAUUAAAGUUUAAAAUCUGCACCAUAAUGCAUGAAAAAUUACGUUUAUAUAAACGAAAAAUGUUCCAAGAAAACCUUCCAAUAGCCAAUAAUGUAACUACACAUUUCAAAUAUUUACAGAAUACUUAAACAAUGCUUACAUUUAAACACAUUAUUAUUCUAAAAUUGGGAAGAUGCUCAAUAUUAUCUGUUUCUCUUACGUAUUGCACCUCUUCCAGUAAUGCUAUAGGGACGUCAUUAUAUUGUUUUUGCAAUUCCAUUUAUAAAUUUUGUCACUUGAGAAAGCUAAUUUCACAGGAAACUGAUUAGCCACACUUCUAGGAGUCACUGUAGAAAGGGUUGAAUGUGUAAGUGCUAAACUGUGUAGUGAAGUCAUCAAACUGAAAAGUGAAAAGCCUAAAAUACAAGGCUUUGAAGUGAGGAUUAUCCACCCCAUGAAUUAAAUGAAAUUGUAUAGCCAGCAGUUGUGUCCAGCUGUAUGUACUGUAUUAACUUUAUUUCUUCUCCUUGCUUAAAAUGCAAGCUGUUUGUUCUGUUUUUCUUGGCUGAGCAGUACAUCUUCAUUAUUGUGACGAUUAAAAAAUAUUUUAUGUCUGAUGCUUUGCAGGGCUGAAUCAGAAUGAACAUAGGUCAAGGUUGAAUUUUUAUUCAGUGGCUUUCUACAAGUUCAUGUAAUAAGUAUUAUUUUAUAUAUACUGUGUCCAUAGAAAAUUGCAACUUAACAUUUUUCUUUAGGUUCAAAAAAGUAGUCUGAGCUGACAAAUACUGUUUAAGCUACAGAGUGUUGAAGAUGCAAAACACUUUGAAAUGAAGCAGUUUCUCAAAUGUGAAAUAUUGAACUUUACUUAAUUGGAGGAAUUCCACCUUUUGCCAAUGCUAAAGCAAAAUUUUGGCCAGAGUUCUUUGCACUUAACACAAGUAGGGAACAUUCAAACCAUAAUUAUAGUUUUGAUUUAAAAUUUUAUAUGAUAAUUUAUUUAGGAAUGUUUUUUAUCAUGGAAACCCCAGCCAAGUGGGCAUCACAAAAAAUGUUACUGUCAAAAUAUGCAAUGCCCAUAAUAUCAACUUGUUUUCUCUAGCUGAGUUUCAUUAUGUGUUUUACAUGGUGUAAAAGGUGUUUGGUGAAUGUUAUAAUGAUUAUGUUUAUGAAGCACCUUUUGGGUAAAAAAUAUAUAUAUAUAUUCUUGUUUAAAAAAGUAAAGGAACAACAGUACAGCAAAGUGGUGUUCCCUAAAUUGCAAUUCCUAGCUUUGCCAGGCACUGAUUUUUUUUUUUUUUUUUACUCCUUGGUACAGUGGCCUUAAGUACUGUAGAUUUAGAAUUUAUUCAUGUGUAUCUUUUGCUACCUUCUCCAGACUUUGUUUUUAUUUUUUUGUUUGUUUUUUGUUUUGUUUUUUUAAUUGAGAAUUUAAUUAAUAGUACUGAGGUGGUCAUCCAUAUAUUAUGUAAUUGCAGAUUAAACUGAACAUAACUGUCAUAUUAGUGAAUAAUAAUGCCAAAGAAUUAUGGAAAUUAUUUAUGUAUUUAUUUACCAUUAAUUAAAUAGUAAUAAUCAAGGCUCUUUUUAGAGCAAGUUUCCUUGUCAAAUUAAGAUUUAUCACAAAACAUUUUGGCAUGCCAAGCAAUUCUAUGAAUGAAUUCCUGGGGAGUUUUUAUUUACUCUUUAACUGAAAGCAAAAACAAUCACAACUAAUUGUUAUAUAUUUUGAUUUUAAUGUACAUGUUUAGGUUUAACAAAAAUAAAGUGUAAUUUUGGGAUACA